AUGUCGCCCAUUGUGCCAGACAGCGACAUGUUUGUCGACAAAAUCAACCCUAGCAGCAAGGCGAAAAAGAAAACCGCUGUAAAAGUGGGCAGAAACUCGGGAAAAACCAAGGCAGCCCGAGAGACAAAUUUCAAUGCCAUAAUUCAAUCGCUGAGAAGCCAAAAUGAGCAACAGCAAACAUUGAUCGAAAACCUAACGAAAACAAUUAAACAGCUGAGGAAAGACCUUGAAAACUCAGCAGACAUGCACUUGUUAGCUAGACAAGCUAAAAUCAAAGCACAAGAGUGCACGAAAGCCAGAGAAGAAGGAGCGGCAGAAACCUUCAAUGCUCUAGCGAGUAUGAUCCAAGAACAGACUGCCAAGGCAGUACCAACAACCGAGGAAACCACCCCUCCUUCUCAAACCCCCCCGAAAACCGUAAUUUCCAUACCGGAAAAAAUGGAAAUCGAGGAGGAAAAACAGAAGGGACUAAAGAGGAAAGCCCCAUCAAGCCCUCCCCCAAAAGCUUCGACCUCAACCGCAGCCCCCACCCCUCAAAAAGGCAACGACGAGCCAGUCAAAAAAACCGCUAUUCCCCCGAUUGUUCUAAAAACACCGGGAGAAUGGACCACGGUUAAGAGAAAGCUAGAAUCUAAUGGAGUUAAAGUUUCAUUAGUGAAACUCAUGAGAGGAGGUUUGAGAAUUCAAACCAACAACGCCAAUGAGUACCGAACCACCACAAAAAUCCUAGAACAGGACAAAAAUGAAUACCAUACUUAUUCGCUCCCCGAAGACAAACUACUGAGUGUAGUGAUGAGGGGAAUCGAUAUGAGUGUGGAGAUUCCAGAAAUAGAAGACGAUCUAAAAAAUAAAGGGCUUGAAAUCAAAACAGUCCAUAGGAUGAAAUCCUAUAGGACCAAGCUGGAUUUACCGCUUAUUGAAUACACCGAAGACCCCCAACUCGAAGACCCAGAAGAAUGCGAGACCGAGAAUAUUACAUAUUUAGGUGAAAAAAACCUUAUCGCUGGGCCCACUAAUAGGGGUCACAAGUCAGACGGAAAUAAUGAAUGGUGUGAAGCAGAGACCAGACUUCUGCUUGACAAGUAUGAAUCCUAUUUGAAACACGUAGGACCGAUGAAGAAAUUCAAGAGAAAAAAGGAUAUGUGGCAACAGAUAUCCAAAGAUAUUAAGACUAUAUUAAAUAUUACAAAAACACCGACUCAGUGUGAAAAUCGCUAUAGAACAAUAUUGAAAAGAAAGAAAAAAGCUGUAGAUAACAAUAAUCAGACAGGACGCAAUCGAGUACCAGUAGAAUACGAAGCAGAAUUGGCAAAAAUUGCUGCACUUGAUGACAGCAUUGAACCCGAAGUACUACGAGAUAGUAGAAAUGUGAAAACGGCUGAAAAGCCAGGAAAUGAUCAAAAAUCAUUGAAAAGGAAAAGGGAAAAGAGUGUGCAGGAGGUAUUGAUGGAUAUUUCCAAGCAGAAAGAAGAGGCUAGGGAAAGAAGACACAAAGAAAAGAUGAAAAUGCUGGAAAAGUUUUUGGAACAGCAAAAUAAAUAA